CAAAACGAAGAACGAAGUCCACCGCCACCAUCCUCCUCUCCUCCCUCCCUCCCCGAUCUAUAUAUUGCCGUUGUCUCACACUAGCACAGAUAUCGGAUAAUCAGCUCAACCACCAGUGCUUUGUUUACUGGAAGAAGAGGCGCAAACAGCCGUACAUCAGCCAACGUUCAAGCAGCAGUACACCUCACCUUACACGUUCUUCUUGUUGGGAUUGGGAGAGAGGCAACUAGGCAACAGAUUGUGUGGGAGGAAAGAUCCUUGUUGCAAGAAUGGGCAUCCUGUUCUCCUGCCCGGCCGACGACCUCGACCCGAUGGAGGAAGGGGUCCUCGAGCAGUCGGCGAGCUCCGGCCGCCUCAGGGCCUUGGGCUCCGGCAAGCUGCUCAUACAGGGCUCGCUCAGCUUCAAGCGGGCGCAGCUCGACGACAACCACUCCGGCUCUCUCCAGCUGGAGACCGAGAUCUCAAUCAAGACCGCCGACAUUGCCGCCGCCGCGCCGGACUCUCCCCCCGCCACGGUGGCGCCGCUCAUACCGAGGGCGCUCGCCAGGGUGAUGCACGCCGACGGCGUGCCGAUGCCGGGCUCGGGCGCGGAGAGCCCGAAGCACGAGGCGGCGGCGCUCCGGCUGCAGAAGGUGUACAAGAGCUUCCGGACGCGGCGGCAGCUCGCCGACGCCGCCGUGCUCGUGGAGCAGAGCUGGUGGAAGCUGCUGGACUUCGCGCUCCUCAAGCGCAGCUCCGUCUCCUUCUUCGACAUCGAGAAGCAGGAGACGGCCGUGUCCAAGUGGUCAAGGGCGAGGGCCCGUGCUGCCAAGGUUGGAAAGGGACUGUCCAAGGAUGACAAGGCGCAGAAGAUGGCACUCCAGCAUUGGCUCGAAGCGAUUGACCCGCGUCACCGCUACGGCCACAACCUUCACUACUACUACGAUUGCUGGCUCAACAGUGAGAGCAAGCAGCCUUUCUUCUACUGGCUUGAUGUUGGGGAAGGUAAAGAGAUCAAUCUUGAAGCCAAGUGCUCACGAUCCAAGCUUCAGAACCAGUGCAUCAAAUACCUCGGUCCGAAGGAAAGAGAGGACUACGAAGUCGUAAUUGAGGAUAGCAAGUUCUUGUACAAGAAGAGCCGGCAAAUCAUCGACUCGUCUGGCGGACCGAGGGAUGCAAAGUGGAUAUUUGUUCUUAGCACAUCUAAGAGUCUGUAUGUUGGCCAGAAGAAGAAAGGCAAAUUUCAGCAUUCUAGCUUUCUUGCUGGGGGAGCUACUUCUGCUGCUGGGCGAUUGGUUGUUGAAAAUGGUACUCUGAAGGCUAUUUGGCCUCACAGUGGUCACUACCGCCCGACAGAGGAGAAUUUCCAGGAGUUUAAGAGCUUCCUGAAGGACAACUUGGUUGAUCUAACCGAUGUUAAGAUGAGCCCAGCUGAGGAGGAUGAGGAGUUCUGGGGUAGCCUCAAAAGAAUUGCUUCAGAGAAUGAGAAAUCUGAAGAUAAAACUGCUGCACUUGAAGAAACCGCCCCUCUUCAGACACCUCAAGUUAUCGAAACAACAUUGGCAGAGACUGAAACACACAAGAAACCAGUAUUGGAAGAGCUGGAUUCAACAGACGGCACCAAAACCGGUGAAGCCUCUACUAGCAGCCACAUGUCUGAAACUGAUGAUCUGGAAGGGGGUCGGCAGGCACCUGUGCCGCGCGAGAAGAUCCUUCAGAGGAUCAACUCAAAGAAGGAUAUGAAAUCAUACCAGCUAGGAAAGCAACUGUCUUUCAAGUGGACAACCGGGGCAGGUCCUCGGAUUGGGUGCGUCCGCGACUACCCGUCAGAGCUCCAGGCGCACGCACUGGAGCAGAUGAACUUGUCACCAAGGUGCGCCAUCGGAGCUGCCUGCUCUCGGUUCGCUUCACCUCAGAGGCGAAGCUUCAAUAGCAUUGUGACAAGGGGGUGCGAGAAUGAGUCGUCCACACCGAGAGGAGCGUCCCGAUCACCUCUGCAACAUGGAAUAGUUGCAACUGCGGCUACACCUGAGUGCUAAUGGGAGGUGAAGUGAGCACACCUGCAGUCGCAGCUGAUUGCAUCACAACUAUGGAGCUUCCUCAUAACUACUGAAGAUACAGAAAUGCAUUAGAUGUGGAUGAUAGGAAAAAUAAAGGAACAUAGUUCCUGUGUUAGAUGUAGAUACUGUCUGUAGUAUAGUCUAGGUGAUAUGCAUAAACAUUGUUCGUAGAUCUGCAUACCGUAGCUGCUUAUAUGGAUAAGCAAACAGACAUAUACACAUUCUUUAAUUCA